AGGCCUGGCUCACGGCGCCCCUGCUGCAGGGCGCCUUUGGCCGGACACCGCUGUACCGGGCUGCCUUUGGGGGCCACCUGGAGGCUGUGGAGGUGCUUCUGAAGCUCGGAGCUGAUCCCCGGGUGUACGCGGACGACGGCAGCACCCCUGCGCAGGUGGCCUCGCUGGACGCUGUGGCCAGCGUGCUGCAGUCGUGGGACCUGAGCCUCACUGAGGCCAUGCUCCGUAACAUGGAGGCCGAGCGGCAGCGCCGGGCCCAGGAGGCCGAGCGUAACAAGGAGGCAGAGGCCAAGCGCGUGAAUCUCAAGGUGCAGCAGCUGGCUAAGGAACAGCAGCAGUGUCACAAAGAGCUGCAGCAGGCCUACUGUGAACUCAGCCGGAGGGUCACCGAACACGACAAGUGUGAGCAGAGACACAUGGGCAAGACCGAGCUCACGCUGCAGGCCAUCAAAGACGCAGAGGCCCAAGUGGACAGGCUACGGCAGGAGGCCCAGAAGGCCGAGGAGUCGCUGGCCAUGGCCAGGCUGGAGCUGCGGGAGCAGACUCAGGAGGGCGAGGAAGAGGCGCCCGGGCUGAAGUGCCAGGUCACUGAGCUGCACGACGUGCUAAUGAAGGACGUGGGGGACCGCAUCCGCGCCGAUGGCCGGUGGCCUCUUGUCAUCGACCCUUCGGGCCAGGCGGCCACCUUCUUGCGCUACCAGGACACCAACUACGUGGACACGGUGAACCCGGACCACCUGCGGCCGGAGAGGAUUCGGUUGGCGCUGCUGGGGGCCCUUAGGUACGGGAAGCCGCUGGUGUUCGACCUGCGCGAGGUGGACCUGUUUCCCGCGGUGCAGCGGCAGCUGGAGGCGGUGCAGCCAGGCCUGGCGGAGGAGCUGCUGAGCCGCCGGCUGCUGGACGGGGACAGGUACCAGUCGCUGCUGCGGCCCAACGACGGGCCCGAGUACGGCCCCACCCAGUUCCAGGAGGCGCGCCUGGGGCAAUUCCGCCUCUUCUUCGUCACCAAGGUUCAGUGGCCCCCCGCCGAGCAGCUGCGGAUCCUGCUCCCAGUGCGGGUACAGCUGCCUCGCGGAGGCCUUUAAAGACCCGCCUCAAUAAAGCAAAGUGCGCCGCGGGGCGCUGGGCCUA